AGACUUCCUAAUUCACAGCUUAGAAAACAAACAGACAAACAGUAUACAUUGGUUACCAUUUGUUUUUUGUUCCAUAUUUGAUUUUUAAAUACUAAUGCGGUCAAACGGAAGCUCGUGUUGUGACCAAAGUUACCGUAGACAACGACAGAGUGUAGAAUUUGCCAAGCUAGCAUACGUGGUUUUGUUUUAUUUCACCAGAAUAAGCGCCCGGCUCGAUAAAACAUUCAUACAAAAACAGCGACACUGCUGAACAUUUCAUUAUUUCUGAAACAACCAACCAAACACAUCUAAUCUAAAUUGUAAAAGUGAUCCGCCGGUUCCUCUGCGGGCCAGUAACAGGACGAUAAAGUCAAAGCACUUCAGUUGCUAAGUAACAGCCAUAAACAAGAGAAAUCUUCCUCUGGCUGGUGAAGGAAGGCUCUGUAUGCAGACCGUUAUCUGUCCCUCUGAAGAGGAUUAGCCAGUAUUGUACGUGCUAUUUCUGCAUCCAACUAUUAACUCUUUUGACCACUAAAGCGAAAUCUGAUCAAGUUUAACAACAUAGGGGGGAAAAAGCUGAUAAAAUUUGUACGAUGGCGAAAAAAAAGGGAGCCGAUGCAAAAAAGGUGACUCUAAAGACUGCCAAGAAAGCCAUACACAUAACCCAAGAAGGAAGGCGUAGACUCACACUCAGCAACAUGGGCUUGACCGUCUUCCCAAAGUGUCUCUUCAAGCUGAGCAACGUGGAUGAGUUGGACCUCAGUCGCAACCUGAUCCAGACGCUUCCCGCUAACAUCGGGAGCUUCACGUCGCUCCGAUGGCUGGAUCUGCACAGCAACAAGCUGGAGUCCGUGCCCGAGUCCAUCGGCAACCUGGUGGGACUUACCCACCUCAACCUGGCAAACAACUGCCUAACCUCUGCUGGUUUACCUUCUUCGUUGGGCUGUCUCUGCAACCUGAAGAGUCUCAACCUCGGACUGAACCAGCUGGACUCCCUUCCUACCACUUUGGAGCGGUUAGACCACCUUCAAGAGUUAGCCCUGUUUGAUAACCUUUUCGCCAAAAUGCCCGAGUUUGUGCAAACCCUACGAAACCUCACGAAGCUGAAUGUGAUACGAAAUCCUUUCACGUACGCUCAGGCCAGCGGCGAGCGGAUAAAAAGGGAAAAGGCGGAGCAGAAAGAGGAGGUGUACCUGGUGCAUGAAAGCAGCUUGUGUAAGAGAUGCCUCCGAAAAUGUAAAGCAGAGACAGAAAGAGUUUUGCGAGGAGGAAGACAAGGAGGGCGACGGGGCGACAGGGGUGAUAUGUUCGAAGAGAAAAAGAAAACAUUUUCAGGAUUGAUGACACCAAACUCAGUGGCUGCAGUCACCCAGGAUGUGUGGAGGAUAAAAGCGAAGAAGCAUCAGCCCAUUUCCGCUCUUCACUGAAUAAAGACGCUGGAAGGGAGCCAAUUUUAAAGCAAUCCUGAAAUGUUUAAUAUGUCUAAAUGCUAGACUUCUAUUUGACACAAUUUCCAUGUUUUCAUAUGAAUAAAACUGAGCCAAGUAAAGCUGU